GCACACAAGGUGUCCUUGCUAUUGCAAGGACCAGACAGCAUAGCUAUAAACUAGGGCCUAUAAAAGUGGGAGUGAAAGGCAGCAAUAGUGUUUUAUCCAAAAGGCUGACUUGAGCUAGAAUACUUAAACUUGUAACCCAAAUAGGAAUUUCAGUUGUGUUGCCAUUGCAUAAAUGUAUAAUCAUACUUUGUCACAUUCUUUAUUAUGAUGUCAGUCUUCUAGUUUCUGUGACAGUAGAAGGUCCCCAUUUUAUUUGAGCUAUUGGUUUCUGUGAACUGGGAGGGAAUUUUCAGCAACACUGCUUCUGCAAAUGUUUCUAUCAUUCUUAGCGGCAUUUACUUUGAUAGCUGUUACCAAAUAUGGUGUUAAUAUUGUAUUUAGGGAUGGACUUUGUGAGAGUCUGUGACACUAGAAGAUAAAUUAAAUAAAAUAAAAUAUUGUCAAAUGAGUGCAAAAAGGGGAAGCAUGUCAAAUACUUUUUUGAAGCACUAGGGGGGUUUGUUUUUUUGGCUUUUAGGGAGGGGAAUACAACUUUAAAUGGAUGUAUUUGGUAUUUAUUUUACCACAGAUUUUCAAAGAAACGGGUUUGGAAGGCAUGCUUUCUUAAAAAAAAAAAAAAAAGAUUUUUAAAGAAAACAAAUUAUCGUUGGAUUUUUAAAAUUUGCGAUGGUGCUUUAACACCUGGGCUCAGGGCUUCCGGCAGAAAAAAAACAACCAAAUCAAAGUUUAAAGUAAUGAUAUUUCCUCAAAAUUACUUUAUUCUACAUGUCUCAUUUAAGUUUUUUAUGUUUACCCUGAAAAUGUCUGCGUCACAUUCCCGGAACUAAUGUUAGUAAGCUCUCGGAUAGACGGAAUGUUUCGUAGACGGACCGGUCCUACAGGGUAGUGGUCCGCACGCACUCCGUCAGGAAUGGAUGAUGAUGCACCAGAUGAGGUCUUUGCCGAGCUCAAGACCAGGCCUCUCGGAGGAUGGGGUAUUGCACAGAUCGCUGCUGGCACUGGGCUUGCUGUAUACGCAAUGUGGGUGGGAGUCCUCCAGCCAGGCUUCAGAAAAGUCCCUUUGAGGUUACAGGUGCCGUAUAUCCCUGCCAGCAAAGCUCAAGUGGAUAAUGUAAUGACAUUGCUGAGAGGUCGAAAGGGAGGCCUUGUGGAUUUGGGAUCUGGUGAUGGCCGCAUUGUCUUGGAAGCCCAUCGACAGGGUUUCACUCCCGCUGUCGGCUAUGAGCUCAACCCCUGGCUUGUUCACCUGUCUCGCUUUCAUGCCUGGAGAGCAGGCCAUCAUGAGAAGGUGUCGUAUCGGCGAGAAGAUCUCUGGAAGGUCAACUUGACAGAAUGCAAGAAUGUCACAGUGUUUUUGGCUCCUAGCGUGCUUUCAUUAUUGCAGCAGAAGUUGCAGACUGAGCUUCCUGAUGACUCCUUAGUGGUAGCCGGUCGUUUUCCCUUACCUGACUGGACACCCUGCAGGAUUGAGGGACAUGGUGUGGACAGAGCCUGGGCGUAUCGCAUGCAAGCACAAAGACAGAACACCUUCAAGAAAAAUGACGACCUCAUAGUCACAAAUAGCGACCCCAGUAGUGGACUGAACAAGGACAAAGGAUCUACUUGAAGCUUUUCAUUAGCUAAAAAUACCCAUUACUGGAAUAUUGAGGACAUUUAACCUGACUGUCUGUCUUUACAUUUUGACUACAUCUACAAACGGAUGUUUCUGGCAAACUUGCUCCUUAGCAGAGUGCAGCAAUCAGGGAAUGUACAUUUUUGCACAAACUCUUCUCAACUAUCUUCAUGGAUGGACUCUGUCUUUGUUAUAAGCAAAGUUUGAACCAGAAAUUCCUGAACAAGGGUUUCUGUUACCUUUGAGGAAAAACCACACCUUUGCCUCCAGAAUGCUGAAGAUUUUUUCGGGAUUACUGCCCCUGGGAAGUAGUCUUAUAAAUGUGUUUUUAAGUUAUUUUAUCAUCUACAUUGUUUUCUGUUGUGUUAAUUUUAUGCCACAGAAUUUAAGAUUAUUUAAUGUUUUACGUGCUCUUUUAGAAAUAAUUAUUAUGAAGUAUUUGUUGUAUAGGUUGUAUGUAAUUAGACAACUUCAGAGCAAAGUUUACAUUCCACUGUGCGGCUUGUUUUUUAAAGGUACAAUUAAGUAAAAAUUUUAAUGCUUUUUGUGCGAAGGUGAAAGGCCCUCACUGCUGUGAGGAUGCCUUUGUGACAGCAAGUGUGGAAUGUGACUUUUCAUGAUUUGGAUGUUAAAGGUGGCUCGUGUUUUUUAACCCAAUUUCACAAACAGAUUGUAACACUGGUAUAAACCCCAUGGGGUCCACAGUGUAUAAAGGGAACAGUGACAACAGUUUCCCUGUGUGUAGUCCAUCCCUUAAAUGUGUACAUAGUAUGUAUACAUGUGGGUUUGCAAUUAAAGUGUUUUAAUCUA